GCAUGAGGUCCAGGCCAAGAGGGUACGGGGGACACGGCAGGGACAGCAGCAGAGCCGGGUGGGGAGAGCAGAUACUGGGGCUCAGUGCACAAAAAGGGGAGGAGAGACACAGGAGUCUGGGGUGCAGAAGAGAGACCUGGAGACCCUGUCCUCCAGCAGGCAGAGCUGCAGGAGAUAGAGCUCCCUUUGGCACCUCUGGCCUCCCUGGCUAAGGGUGAGGAGGGGCAGCUCUGGGGGAGCCCCAGCCACUCCCUUCAGACCCCUGAGAGGAGGAGAGGAGCAGAGGACAUGGAGCCUGGGCCUGAGGAGAAGGCCCGGGAGCAGUGGGACCACCCCCUGCAGUUCGUGUUUGCCUGCAUCUCCUACGCUGUGGGUCUGGGCAACGUGUGGCGCUUCCCCUACCUGUGCCAGAUGUAUGGUGGCGGUAGCUUCCUGGUCCCCUACCUCAUCAUGCUCAUUGUGGAAGGAAUGCCACUCUUGUACCUGGAGCUGGCAGUGGGGCAGCGCAUGCGGCAGGGCAGCAUUGGUGCCUGGAGGACCAUCAGUCCCUACCUUGGAGGUGUUGGCGUGGCCAGCGUUGUGGUGUCUUUCUUCCUGGGCAUGUACUACAAUGUGGUCAACACCUGGGGCUUCUGGUACCUCUUCCACUCCUUCCAGGACCCCCUGCCAUGGUCUGUCUGCCCCCUGAAUGGAAACCGCACAGGCUACGAUGAGGAGUGUGAGAAGGCCUCGUCCACACAGUACUUCUGGUACCGGAAGACCCUCAACAUCUCACCGUCCAUCCAGGAGAGUGGGGCUGUGCAGUGGGAGCCGGCGCUGUGCCUGGUCCUGGCCUGGAUGAUGGUGUACCUGUGCAUCCUGCGGGGCCCCGAGACCACGGGCAAGGUGGCAUAUAUCACUGCACUGGUGCCUUAUGGUGUGCUCAUCAUCUACCUGGUCAGAGGCCUCACUCUGCAUGGAGCCACCAAUGGUCUGCUGUACAUGUUUACUCCCAAGGUUGAGGAGCUGGCCAACCCCAGGGCCUGGAUCAAUGCAGCUACACAAGUUUUCUUCUCUCUCGGCCUGGGCUUUGGCAGCCUGAUCGCUUUAGCCAGCUACAAUGAGCCCUCCAACAACUGCCAGAGGCACACCAUCGUCGUGUCCCUCAUCAACAGUGCCACCUCCAUAUUCGCCAGCGUGGUGACCUUCUCCAUCUAUGGCUUCAAGGCCACCUUCAACUAUGAAGACUGUUUGAACAAGGUGAUUCUGCUGCUGACCAAUUCUUUUGACCUUGAAGAUGGCUUUCUGACAGCCAGCAACCUGGAGCAGGUGAAGGGCUACCUGGCUUCCACCUACCCGAGCAAGUACAGCGAGGUCUUCCCGCUCCUGGAAAACUGCAGCUUGGAGUCGGAGCUGGACACGGCUGUCCAGGGCACAGGCCUGGCCUUCAUCGUCUAUACCGAGGCCAUCAAGAGCAUGGAUGUGUCACAGCUGUGGUCGGUGCUCUACUUCUUCAUGCUGCUGUUGCUGGGCGUUGGGAGCAUGCUGGGCAACAUGAUGGGCAUCCUCACCCCUCUGACUGACAGCGAGGUCAUCUCCAGCCACCUGCCUAAGGAGGCCAUCUCAGGUCUGCUGUGCCUUGUCAACUGCGCCAUCGGCCUGCUCUUCACCAUGGAGGCUGGGAGCUACUGGUUCGACAUCUUUAAUGACUACGCGGCCACGCUGUCCUUGCUGCUCAUCGUGCUGGUGGAGGCCAUCGCCGUGUGCUACGUGUACGGGCUGAGGAGAUUUGGAGCCGAGCUCGAGGCCAUGACUGGCCGUGCCCUCAACUGGUACUGGAAGGUCAUGUGGGCGUUCGUGAGCCCGCUGCUCAUCAUCAGCCUCUUCCUCUUCUAUCUGGCUGACUACAUCCUGUCGGGGACCCUGCAGUACCAAGCCUGGGAUGCCACUCAGGGCCAGCUGGUGACCAAGGACUACCCUGCAUAUGCCCUGGCCAUCAUUGGGCUACUUGUGGCCUCCUCCACCAUGUGCAUCCCCCUGGUGGCCCUGGGGACUUUUGUCAUGCAUCAGUGUACAAAAGGAGAUGGGGCCUCCAAGGCCUGAGAACUGGGGCCCCCAAACCCUGUGGUCCCCACAGCCUCUGGGCAGGGACUGCUUCUUAAAUUAUUUAAGCCCAAAGUACUGCUCCUCUCUGCUUCUGGGAAGAAUCAGGACAAACUACUCUGAGCUGAGACAACACACAUCUCUGGACUGCUUUCCUUUCCCAUUUGUUUUUGUGGCUAUAGUUCAAUAUGGCUACGGUUAUUUGUGAUCACUUUAAAAGACCUACACAGCACCAUUAGGGGAAUGGAGUAUUCUAGAUCUGGUCUCAGAUGUGCUCACCUCUUCCAGUUCACGCUUUCUUGUAUUCUUCUGAUGCUACCUGCUGUCCAUGGGCUUCCUUUAAGUGGUCAGAUGCUGUCAGAAGCCGUGGCAGGAAGGUUCUCGUCAGGCCUCACGGCCAUGCGCACCUUCUGCAUCUACCUACCUCUUCCUUUCUGAGUGCGGCUGUGCUUGGGACAGCAUUCUUCUUGAAACAAGGACCUACAAGUGGGAGAGCAAAACCACAUACAAAGGGAACCUCAGAGGUAAGAGACAAAGUCUCAGAGUAUAACACAGAUGUCCUAGGAAAACACCAAGAUUAGACCUCUUUUCCAUAAAUGAACCCAAAAGAAAACAAGACAAUUACAAACAGGGAGAAGACAUUUGUGGUACAAAUACCAGUGAGAUUUGGUCUCCAGAAUAUAAAGAAUUUCAACAAACCUUUGAUAAGGACAUUCAAACAAGCAGGUAGGCACGAGACCCCAUCCGGAAAGGACACAGAGCCAGAAACAAAGCAAGACUACGGUGGGCCAGGGAUUUAGCUCAGCGAUAUGAACACCUGCCUUGCAAACAUGCAGUCAUGAGUUCACUCCCUGGUACCAAAAAAAAAAAAAAAAAAAAAAAGACCAUGGAAGAUGAUAAACCUUGUUUGGGAUCAGAGAAAUGUCAGGAUGAGAACUUCAUUGGGUUAGAAAAGUUAGAUGCCUGUAAUGCCAGGCAUAGGCAAGAAUGUGGAACUGCCAGGAAAAUAGACGAUACAUUUGACUUGGGAAAUAAUUCUGUUACCCUGGGUAGUUUAGGCUCAGAAUUCCAUGAUUCAGGAUAUGCCAUGGGGAAACACUUUCCACAGAGCCUGGAGGCAAAUACAAUGUUCACCAUAAGACCAAGCGUAAGAGCAAAGAGUAAGAAAAACCAAAACAUACACUGCGACACCAGCAACACCAGCCAGAGUGAACUGUGAUGUGCCCAUCAGCACAGCUCAGGGAACAAGGGUGUUAUAAUAUUCAUUCUAUGCAAGUAACGGUAUCAGGAACAGGCUCCCGGCCUAGCCUUUCAGUGAGGGACUUAGAAACUGCUGGCUUUAAAGGCAGGCUGGAGGGAACACACAGGAUGAGGCCAGUUUCUUAACUUUCAAAACGAGUCACCCUGGGCAGUCACCCUCCUACAGGACACAGGACAAGAACUAACAGAAGGAAAUGCACAGAAAACUGGGGAAGGCAGCCAGGAGCUGAGCGGGGCCAAGGCGAAGCUCUCCUGGUUCUGAGCCAGCCCCAUCUCCCGCUCCUCCCAGUGUGGGCUUUGCUUCUUAGCUCUGUGUCUUCUCUCUUCCUGACUGUGUCACCACUUUCAAGGCGUCCCCCAAAGCCCCCUCACCUGCUCGUGUUCCUGCGUCUGUAUAUAAUCUGCUCCUGAAUGAGCUGGGCCCCACGACUUCCUUGCCUGCAGGAGUGACGGGAGACUAGAGAGGUAAAGCUGUGAGAGACCGUGAUUUCCACCUCGCUAGCAUACACUUCCUUAUGAGGGUGCUGCCAGCCAACGGCCAGCAGCCUCUGGGGAGCCAAAUCUUGUGGAUAAUCAGAGUGAUGAUGGAAGUGGAUUCUCUCUAGGUGAACCUUGAUUGCAGCUUUCGGGAGGUCCCAAAGCAGGGGACACAGAGCUAAACUAGGCCCAGAUUCCCGAUGCACAGGCUGGGGAUAUAGCUCAGCAGCAGAGUACCUGCUAGGCAAGCACAAGGUCGUGAGUUUGAUUCACAGUUCCAAAGAAAUAAAAAAUAAAAAAUUCCUGAUGCACAAGCAAUAAAUAUAAUGUGGGCUGUUAUAAGCCAAGUUCUGGGGUAACUUGUUACAUAGCACUCGCUAUCCAGUACACUGCUGUCAUUACAAACUGAUUCAUAUUCUUUUCUCUGCUUUUAUCUGCAACUAAAAAGUAACUACAAUGAUACACAGACUCUCUUAAGUGACCAUAGUUGGAAAAGAGAAUUUAGAAGCUACUGAUUUUGUUUACUUACAUUAUCUUACUUUUUCUACGAUCACGUAUUGCUUUAAGAUAAAGAAAAAAAUCGCCACAUUUCAAGAAAAAAAGUACAGUACAGAAAUGAUGCCACCAAUAAUUACAAAAGAAUACGACAUUUUAUUUUCACUUACGGAUGUACAGUACACGAAUUAAAUAAAAUCAUGACAGGGUUCUCAAAUCCUGACAGCUGCGACCUAACACAGCAAGAUCAGGCCACAGCCAGCAGGCAGCCGACUGCACCAGCAGCUCAGAUUUGGUCUGUGCUGCAGCUGAGCUGUGCAGCUCUGGCUGUGAAGCAUCUGGGGCACUAGGGUGUUACAUCACAGCAGAUAGGAGCUAAGGGCCACUGGUCUGUCUUUGGAGCAAAUGCUGCUUACUUACACAUUAAGAGCAGGUGGUUCUGGCCACUCACCCUGCUCUGGGUUUAAUG